CGACUUUUUCGAAGGUAAAAUCGAUUUUCAUCUACUUGAAAUCGUUGUGUUGUUUCCAUUGUCCUUUGAUCACGCGGUGUGGCCAAAGAAACAUCUGUUGUCGUUUCUAGUUUUAGCUUUCUUCCCGGAAGAUUAAAAACAUUGAAUUUUCGCUUCUUCGACAGUCGAAGGCGUUGUACGGGUAUUCCUGGUCCCCUUAACCCCCUUUUUGAACCGUAGUGCCUUUCUUCGACAGCAGUUUCCCUCAUCUUGUAACACGUGUCGAAGUCAUGAAGGGUUUGUGACUCCUCUCCUUUCAAAGACGGCCGUUUUCCAUUUUAUACUAUUUUUCGAAGGCUUUCUUGUUCGUUUAGACUUCUACCCCCCUAUAAGUACCCCUUUUGAAACAUGGGCACAGCCUCUAAGAAACGGAGUCUGUUGGAACGGAAUUCACUGGACUGCGCUUCCUUCGCGUAUUCCCACAGCCACGUAAGCUUAAAUGGCGGAUAAUGAUUCAGAAAGCGACGAAGAGGUCGAUAUCCUUUCAAGUGUAGACGAAGGAAGGGGAUCAGUGAUGUUUGGAGAACAUUUUACGAAUCAUUUUCCACCAUCAGCCAUUUCUCUUGGCCAUAUUGGAAGCCUUCAUGGAUCUACGGGCAUUUCCUUCCCAGAUCAACAACACGUAGCGAGGUAAAUUCUUGUUGCAAAUUAUCUGUCAUCUCACAGGCGCCAUAUUUUUUUUGGUCUUCGUGAUCGAAAACAUGCAACGGCUUGUGGUUCUUCCAACCAAGGUUCUGUAACUGGACUACUGAUAAUCAGUUUUAGUAGAAGGAAGAAUCAGUUCUCACAUGUGAAAUAGGGGCUAAAAAUCAAACAAUUUAGUGUGGUUUGAAACGACGAACACGUUUUUUUUAUUCCUUUCUCUUUGAAUAGAAGUGUUGACGUGUCGCGCAGCGAAUUUUUAGGGUCUUUUCUGGAUAAAAACAUUUCUGUUCCCAUUUAGAAGAUGUGCCCAGUUCUCUUUCUCUUUCCUUUUGUAUUCCAUUCUUUGACAAUGAUUGAAAUACUGAGAGUUCACUUGACUUUUUUCGCUUGAAAAUACAUGUUGAGACAGCGCCCUAUUUGCAUCAGCUCGGUCAAUUUCGAGCUGUUGAUUUUUUUCUUCGUUUUGUCCGAUGCAUGGCUCCCUUCGCUGGACCUCAAUCACAGGUAACCUUAAAUUGAUUGCUGUUCUACCACUUGUCAGGAUCAAUAAUGUAGUUAUCUCUUUAUUGAUGUGAGUUUCGCUUUGCCUCUCCCAUUUUUGAAAAUUAUUUUUUUUACCGUGAGAUAUCAGCAAAAUCAGGUGUGGUUAUGGAUGUAUUGUAAGCUCUGCUUGUUUUGAAAUCGACAUGCGAUGUUGGUUACAACAAAUUUCGAUGUACGUUUCUUGUGGGUGAUUCCCUGGGAAUGGAAGGAGAGGGGAAUGUCUCUUCACUGAAUCAGUUAAAUGUCAUCGAUGAGUGGAACACAUAACGUGGUCAUGAAGUUUUUUAUUUAUGUAGAGCUUGGUGGUCUUGAAAUCAAAUUUUAAGUUAAGAAUGUAUCGAGGAAGGAACCAUUACGAGUGGGUGUCACUGCUCUUAUUGAGCUUAACUUAACUCUUCGAUCUUGUCAUCCUUGGUCUACAUUUAUAAAGAGAGCGUCGCCAAUUUAUUUAAUACAUAUAAUUUUUUGUCAAAAUAUUCCUCUGAAACUAGCUUCAUUGUUAAAAAAAUCUCUGACCGGCAUUUAUGUUAAAAUGUUACUACGGUAGAAAAUUUGCUUUAGAGUGAUUCAGGACAUUCUGACAGUUGUGUUGAAGAUUAUUUUUUUAUUGUGAAUGAAAAAGGACAAGGACACAAAGUAAACUGUAGAUGUUUUAAAGAUUUCAUUUACUUUUAGAAGAGCAAAGUAAAGCAAUAACAGGCAGUAAGGUCAGAAUUUACUAACUACUCUAAAAUUAUCAUUUCUAAUCUGAUGACAAAAGUGUUGCAUGCACUGAGAAGUUAAGUCUUCCUUUUGGUUUGUAUUGGGCUGAGUUUACCUUCUUAAUUAAUUUUCUCAGUCUGCCCAGUAAACCUUUCUGUAUGAAGGUUUGGGAUGCACAAAAAGGUGCUUUGAGUUUUGAUUCUUAAAGCCAUGCAUGUUACCGUAAGACCACCAAAGUCUGGACCCUUUCAAUUUAAAAAUAUGUAAGGAAGAAGUCAAAGCUGAAGCGGAAGAUCCAUUAGAGGAUGUAGAGAAAUCCAGAGACCCUGUGGUUUUGACUUUUUUGGAACAUUCUGCUGUUAGAAAUUAAAAUUUCUGACCCAUUUAGGUUGCUCAUUUUCAUUUUAACACAUGAGUAUCAUAGUGUAGAGUUGUAAAAGGAACAACCCUUUACUUAAUUGUUAGUUUCAGAGAUUAAGCAAACCUUUGGGCUCGCUACUUUGGGGACUGUCACUUUUUAGAGUUAAUUUUUCUACUGCAGUCAAAACUGCAAACUCUUUCUAUAAGACAAGGCCAGUACAAAAUGUAUUUAUGGCUCAUUUUAUCCCAUUUUAUCCCUGUGAAUUGAACACUGAGGAUCCAAGUACAGUUGUCUUGAUUACGCUAUUGUAACUUUCUCACAAAACAAUAAUUAUUUGAAAAUCAUUCUACUUCCAUUUACAAAUCUACAUUUAUCUCACCCUGGUACGCAUUGGAGCUUUAGUUUCUUUGAUUUUAUUUUUUUGACUUUUUGACCCUUACAAAGGAAGAGAAUCAGUUCUUUAGGGUUCUUUUAUCAGGGCCACCUUUACUUUGAAAGGUUCAGAACUUGUGAAAUUAAUUAUCGUACAUAUAAUUUUUGACAUUUUUGGGUGGUUUUCACUUUGGGAGUCCCUGAUUUCAGAACUUACAGUAGCAACUGAAGUUUUGUCAAAAUUUUUAUGCAACAUCUUCAAACAGCAAAAACAUAAAACAGGGUGCUGCUCUUGUGUAAGGACUUAACUUCUCAAUAUAGGAACCCUCGCAGGGUUUUUCUUUAGUUUUGUAGUGGAUAACAAAGACCCAGUUUCCAGUGAUGGACAUUCAGUAAUGUCCUAAGUCAGUGUAGAAAGUAGAAGAAUUUGGUUUAUGCUGGGGCCUGGAAAUAAUAGUCAUAGAAACUGUAUGUCCACAAUAGUAUACCAGUGUAUUGUUAUUGCUGGCUGUAAGGGUAUUAUACACUGUAGUUUUCCUUUGUAUCGCACAACAGGCCCAUAAUUUUGGAAAAUGGCACCAUUGUUUGAUAUCAUAAUUAAGGCAACAGAAACUGUGCUUUAGAGUACUGGGGAUUGCUUGAUCAAAUAUACCUGAAAAAUGGCUUAGUUAUUACUACCUCCCCUCUGGCUCCUCUUCUUUCCUAAUUUUUCAUUUAUUUUGAAACAAAUUUUGCAUAGCAAUACAUAUCAUUACAUAUCUCUUUUUUCCAUUUGCUGUGCUUUACAAAGUUUCUUGUGAUAAAAGGUCAAAACAAGUGUCAACAGAUUACAAAAUUAAUAGAGAUCUUUUUGCGUAUUGUCAAAAAAUAGUCACUCCGGAAUUCUUCAUUGUACUUUUUUUCACCAGAAAAGGUAGCCCUGUUAUUGUUAUUGAAGGAGGUUAAGAACUCUUCUGAUCGCAAAAUGCUAAAACUUCUAAUAUUUGAUAACUUGUUCCCACCAUUAUGACACUCCCGCUAAAACUCGUAGUAGAAUGACGAUGGUUACCACAUUUUCCCGCCAAAAUGAAGCUGCCCGACACGUGAGCAGUACUUACUAUGUGGAUAGCACUAUCCAACGUUUGAACAAUCGUGGCCUGCUGGAUAGUGAUUUAAUUAUCCGGUGGCUAGCACUAUCCAAAGUUUGAACAAUUGGGGCGCGGAGAUUAGGAUUGUUGGCUCCUUUGUUCUCUGGCAAUAAAACCUGAGGGUUAGGGUACCAUGUGAGGUACAAGGAGGGGUGCAUAUGAGAGGAAAUGCUCAAAAAGUUCUUGUUAGACUGAAUGUACCUUCCUCAAAGAAAGUCCAACUCAAGCUGCAACCCCACAGAAAAACUUCUUUCUUUGCAAGAGUGCCAGUGUCUUUGCUACCAUGAUUUUUUUAUUCAUUGUCACCAGCCAUAAAAGUCCUAUUAAAGUCUUUCACCCCUACAGAACCUUCAACUCAAAAAUGUUGGGUUUGUAUGCAUCUUGAAAACUCUUGAAAAGCUAAUUGCAGUACAGGUGUCAGGUUUUGGUCCUCGAUAAGUCCUUGAUUUUUUUAAUCAAAGAACAUCAGAAUUAGCAUUUUUAUUUAAAACGUUGUAAGUUGUAAGGUGGAAAAAUUGUUUGGUGGUGAUGGAAGGUUGCAAACCUGCUAAGGUAUUAAGCUUGUCAUUGAUCACAAAAACCUUGAGAGUGAGAAGAUUCAAUCAAGUAUCUAGGUGUUGUCAUUCAAAAGAAUCUGACUUGGAAUGAGCAUAUUGAAUCAUCGAUUGCAAAAGUGAAUCAAAGAAUUGGCUUGUUAAAUCGUAUCAAACAUCUAUUGCCUUUGGAUGCGCGAGUCGCAUUAUACAAUGCUUUAAUAAGACCUCACUUUGACUUUGCUGAUACCAUCUUGGGAGACAGGGAUAAUAUUACAUUAAUGCAUGAUUUACAGGUCUUGCAAAAUAAGGCUGCCAAAGUUAUCCUUGAUUUGCCCAACUAUGCUUCAUCCACCGACGCUCUUAAAACACUUGAAUGGCCUACCUUAUUUCAAGAGUGCCUUGUACAUAGAUAGAUCACCUCUUUUAAGUACAUCCACGGACUUGUAGAUCACAAAUUUAUUAUUUUGAGAAACUCAGACAUCCAUAGUUAUAACACUAGAAGAAGGAACAAUUUCCGUCUUCCUCUCUCCAAAAGGAAUUACUGAAAGCAGAGACUUUUUUUAUCAAUGUGCUUAUUUCUUUUUUGUCAAUUCCAUUUACACAUACAUGCGGGGACAACUAUAGGGGUAUAGAACAGUCCCUCGAAAAACUUGGGUCUUGGAAAAGUUUUGAAAUCUCAGAAGCACAUUUGGUGGGUUUUGAAGUCUCGUUUAUUGGGUGAUUUUGAGUCUCAGUCUCAAAUUUUUUCUUCGGUGGCUGCAUGGUCUCACAGGCUUGGAUUUGUCAUUUUUUACCCUCUGGUACAACUUAUUGAACUAAGCUGGUGGAUUAAGAUAGCAAAACAAGACAAAGCAGCAUAUUGGUGGGCCUCCACUAGACUCCAUUGGUGUUUUCAGUCAUUUUAUUUAGCUUUACAAUUGAACCUCUCUACAACAGUCACCUUGGGGACAGGAGAAAGUAGCCGUUGUAGAGAGGUUCUAAACAGGAUUCAAUCUAUGGAUUUUUUUGUCCGCCAGGAUGAAAAAAGGUGGCCGUUAGUGAAGGUUCGACUGUAUUUGUACCUGCAAUUAGCUGGAAAUUUCUGCGCUAAGAGUCUCAGGCUCGGAUUUUUUAGAAGUGAAGUCUUGGGCUUGGAAUAUUGUUAUUAACGCUUAAGUCUCGGUCUAGAAUUUUGAAACCAUUCACCAUUCUAUAUCCCUAACUGUUGAGCCUCCUUGAUUUUCUGGUUCCUAGGCUAGAAUCCGUACAGGGCCAAACGGCUUUGUCAUCUGUCGUCAUUGUUGUUGUUUUUUGUCGGGGGGGAGGGGAGGGGGGAGUAGCAGAUCAUUAUUUUCGGUAUUCAUUUCUCCUCUCUCCUCUUGAUUUUUCCUUACAUUUUACUUCUUGCAUCAUGGCAUUCCAGUCUUUGUUUAGUGAUGUAAAUGACAGACAGACAGUACAUACAUAGAACCACUUGAAGCUCUCUUUUCCAUUAGCUUUCUAACCAUUAAAUCAUCAGUCUGUUUAACUUUUUCUCUUUGGUCUGACUCUGUACAAGAUUUCAGUGUUUUUCCCUCUGAUUAUGCUGCAACAGUUUUAUUUGAAACCAAACUGGUAUAUCGCGUCACACAGUUACAGAACCUUCAGGUUGCAUCUUUGUAAUCAAACUGUUUAAUUUCCUGCAAGUGGAAGCUUACACUCUAAUCACGUUAUAUUAUUGUGUAAUAAAAGCAUAGGACACAGCCGGAUAGAGUCAAAAGUUUUUUGACAUGCAAGACAUUUUCUUGCUGCUGAUGCCAAAAUACAAAAAAACAACGUGUACCCCUCACCCUGCCCUCAAGGACACAAACUGUUCUAAAUAAAUUACUGUGAAUACUCCAAUCUGCAUGGCCUCCAAAUUCAUUGUGCCUGAGCUUUUUCACGUUUCCGUGUAGUUCAUUGUGGAUAAUUUAUACCAUAAACUUAGCUAAAUUAAAUAAGCCCCCCGUCUCAAACAAGCUGCCCUCUCUAUUAAGCUCCCCUCAUAUGUGCUUGACGUAACUAUUAUUAAUAUAAAGCUCCCUGGGGACUUUAAAGAGGGUUUGCAGUUUGACUAUUGAGCAAGUUAUGUGUUCCUGGAUUUAUAUAUGCUUAGCCACCCUAAAGAAGUACGUUGUACUAUACCAGUUCACAAAUUUUGCCCACUUGAAAGGUGUGUCAAGCACCCCUGUCAUUUUUAUAGGGGAGCUCUCCUCUCCUCUAGGGAAAGAGUGCUGCCCCAGUUUUAAGGACAUUUAAUGUCGUUUAGGAGUUUUUUCUCUGUGUUGACCUGAUGGUGAUAGUGUGUGAUGAGGUACAUGUACAUCUGCAUGAUAGAAUGGCACGGACCUUGUCCCCGAGGGAAGGCCAGCAAACAGCUAGUCAACAUCAAAAUUUGAAAAGUCAAAACCAGUACAAAUCUCCCUGAAAUGUUCUUUCUUGCCAAAACUGCUGUUGGUUUUCGGAUAUAUACUUGAAAUUGUGAAUAAGGAAUCUCCCUAGUCGUUCAGACCUUAUGAAAAAUUCUAUGUAUUAAAAAUGCCAAUGAGCUCAGCCAAAAUGGUUGAACAGCCUGGAAAAAUAAAACCUCCUGCAUGCAGAUACAGCUUUACUUCACCAUUCUAUUAUCUGGUCCCACUGCCCUGGGUACGGUGGAGUGUUAACUCCCUGUAAUGGAUUAUAUAGGGAGGGUCCACUCAACAGAGGUACCUUUUUAGGCCUCAGGUGUAUGAAGGGGUAGGGAUUUCACUCGUUGCAAUAUAAAUUAUGAAAGGGUGGGAAAUCAGAGUCUUUCAAUCUGUAAAGACCUAAAGUACAGGUCACUGCUCCAUCGAUAAAUUACCAAACCACACAGAUUCCCCUUGAUCUAACAGAGCAUUUUGUUAAGAGAUUAGGGCUAGGAGACACUUUUAAUGCUAUUCAUUUAUCUGUAUCAUGAUGACCUGUGGAAAAGUGACCUGUAUUUCAGACCCACCACUCCAAAAAAACAAAUUUUUGUGAUCUUGAAUUUUUCUUUUUUUUGAAUACCAUUGUUGAUAGACAGGAGAGUGAGUCUAGGUCUGAAGGCUCCGGCAGCAGUCAGUCAGAUUCCGAAUCUGAUGACAAUGACAAUGGUCAACCAGUUCAGAUGCAGCAGAGAUAUCAGGUGCCGCGAUUGUCACAUUUCAACCCAGCUCCACCCAUGCAGAUGUCAUCUCCCCCAGGAUACCCACAGCACAGCUUCAAUAACAAUCCAACUACGCCAACAAAGAAAACUAAAUUUGAUGAAAGGGUAGGUGUAUGUGUGGUGUAUAGCUAGGUACGACAUGGAGCAAAAGCGGAUGCAAAGAUACGAGGACUGAUGACCGCUUGACACAACUGUGCGAAUUAACUAAAUAAUUUUAACAGUAAGGAAAUGUGGCCACAAAAUUCAAACACGUAAACAAGUUUUUUUUAAACAGUGAAUACUUCAGUAACACUGCAGAAUAACGAUAAAAUCUUAUCAAUAAAAUUAUUUUUGAGUUAUAUGUUUGAAAAAAUAGCUUAUAUGUCAGUGGUGUUGAGCAUAUGUAUCUUUGUGGCUUUGUGGCUUUGUAUGUUCAGAUGUCUGUUGCAGGAGCCAAUAAGGUUGAUAUAAUUUUGGAUUAAAACAGUAGAUUGCCAAUGCUGUUUUCACUGAAGCAUUCAAAAUAGCUCAUGCACAUGCACGUAAAACGUGCCUAUGUUUUGAAGAAAGAUAUGGUUUUAAAGCAAUCUGAUUUUUUUAUGUAAAAGUCUGUUUAAUUCUCUGUACCACCAAAGAUCCUUCUUUGAUAUUACAGUGUAGACAGUAACUUAUUUCAGAGUGCGAAACCUAAAACCCUUUUGCAGAAAGAUGUUAUUGUUUCAGUAAAGCGCUCAUUAGUUUUUAUAAAUAUACUGUCAAACUAAUCAAAAGGUUUCAUUAAAAUUAUAGAAGUCACUUCGCCGGAUUUCAUCGACUCACUCAUGGGUUAUACUUUGUAAUUACAUCUCACACAUUAUUAUGAAAAGUUUUGUUACUGAAUGAUUGUUACAAUGUAACUGUUUUUUAAGUAGUUUUGGGAAGAGGAUCCUGAAACUUAUGGUGUUAGACGAUCUGGAAGGUCAAGAAAGGAACCAGAAAGAUUUAAUGUAAUACAAGAGGUAAUGCUCCAGAGCAAUAUUAUGAUGAUAUCAGGGGAGUUAAAUAUUUUUGAAUUGGUGAUUAUUGCUUUUUCAACCACACAGUGGAAUUUUGUAGCAUCCAUUUGUAGACUUGAGUAAAAAUAAAAUAUUGUGUAUUCCUGCUGUUGUGCAAGAGAUAAUAAUUACAACAAACCCUUAUAGAAAAAAUUGUCAAAUUGUUUGUUCCAUGAAUAAUCAAAUUAUAAAAUUCCAAAUUUCAUGAAGAGGGUGCUAAACUUAUAUAUAAGCAUGUAGUGUUGAUCAUGAAGCUAAAGAGUCUUUCAAAUCUGUUAUCACUUAAUUCUUUUUAAGGGAUCAGACAGUGAAGAUGGUGAGAAGCCUGCCGGCGGAAUACAAAGGAAGAAGAAAAAGGUUGUCAAAGGAAGACAGGCCAGGAGGAUUUCAUCAGCAAGGUUAAUGUGGUCAUAGUUUGUAUACAUCAGUAAAUAAAGCUUUGUGACUGCGAGAGAGGAGUUUGUGUGUGAGAAUUUCUGUGAAUACAAAGUAGUUUUGCCCGGAAAAGGAGAAGGACCUAGUUUGGCGGGUAGGAACAAGGUUUUGCCAGUGUGGUGUCCAGGUAUCCACUGGAUGCAUGCCCAAUUUUUGGGAAAAAAUGACUUCUUUUACUUGUACAUCUCAGUGUAUGAACUGCUAGCUUGAGACUUCAGAUGUAUGACUACUUGGAAUUUCCUGGCUAAAACUAGCUAGUGCAAAAGGUUACCAUCAAAUUAAUUAUGAAAAAAUUUAUUGGGUCUCCCCCUUUAUUCCUGCUGCCACACCUGCUUCCAACUUCCCUUUGACCCUACCACUCCCACCAGUGUAAAACAACAAGAAUUGGUUCCCUGCUGUAUGAGAACUUACUGUGAAGGUUCUUAUUUUUGAUUAUGCUACUUUUAUUUAGUGAGGACUGGUCUGCAGUAGAUGGCCAUGAAAGUGAAAGUGAUAGCAGUGAUAAUUACACCCCUGAACAUGAGGUGCGGAACAGACCCCGGCCAGUGCCACGCCCAAAUGCUAGAGUACCACCAGUUGUACCAAAACAAAAGGAUCCUGCCCCACGCAAGAAAACUCUAGCCCCCUCUCCACAGAAAACACCUAGCAGGGUGAAGAAGUUGGAGAGUGAAGAAUCUGAUGAUGAUGACGAAAGUGAUGAGGAUGAUGACGAGGAUGAUGAGAACAGUAGAAAUUCUGUUAGAAGGGCAGCAGUCAACAUUUCAAGGUACAGUGUAGAUGUUUAUUUACAUGUAUCUUCUUUGUUCUAUGUCAAGCUUACUGUAGGUAAGCAUUGGAAGACUGAAUCACCUUUCACCUUGUACAAUCUUCAAGUGUUUUUGAGGUUUUUAAGUAUUCAAUUUACAGCCUGCACGGGGAAGAUAAAUUAAUGUGAAGUUUGUGGCUCUUGACUUUGGCAGAGGAAUAGUCUGGGUAGUGGAAGGUAGUGGGUUCAAUCCCUUGGCCCAGAGAAUUAUUCUCAGUGUCUUAAAGAAGAAGGUGCUGCCUUUACCCUGCAAAUGGCUAAUAUCCUUUAUGUAGCUUGGAUGACCAUGUGUAAAUGGCCAUGGUGUAAAACAGCUAGUGUCCUCAAUAUUUUUUUUAAUUUUGUUCUUUCUAUGUAUACAUCAUACACACUGACAAAAAGUGUCUUGUGCGUACCUUCUAGACACAGAGUACGUGAUUGCUCUUUUUAUCUUAACACAGUUAUAAAGAGGACAGUGAAGAUGCAACAGACUCAGAUGAACUCAUAGAACAAAAUCACGACGCUGCUGGAGAGUAUGUGGAAGAUGACAGAGAGUGUAUUGAGAGGGUUUUGUAUAGCCGCAUUGGUCGACCAGGAGAAGUGGGAGCUGUUACUACGAUCUAUGCACCAGACUAUGAAGAAAUGAUGAAGCAUGGUGAGCCUUUGCCUGGAGAACCAACUGAAGUACAAUAUCUGAUCAAGUGGAAGGGAUGGUCUCAUCUCCAUAACACAUGGGAGACAGAAAAAGGUCUCACUGAGCAAAAUGUAAAGGGAAUGAAAAAGCUGAGCAACUUGAUGAAGAGGGAGGAAGAUAUAGCAACAUGGUAAGUGUUAAAGUUAACCUUUCCAUGGCUAUUCCAUUAUUGGUAAAAAGGUUCCAUCUGAAUGGUCACAAUGAAGAAUUUUGUCCAUAGACUCAAAAGUUAGCAACCUGUUACAAGCCUCCAUUGUACACUCUAGGAAUGAAGAAAAAUUUAUAAUAACAAAAUGCUAUUGUCAAUUAAAAUAAAAACUAAAAAGGAAUUAUAAUAAUAAUUGAUUGAAAUUUCUGUCUUUUCCUGUGUUAGAUGUUUAGAAUUAUUAUUUUAUUUGGUGCCAGGGUGAAGUAGCCUUCUUUGUCUCAUUAGUUGGGUCAGUGAUCCAAGACCUAUCAGACAGUAUUCAAGGCUGUGCCCAAGGAAAAAUUGAAGGGAACCCAGUGUUCUAAACCUGUGAAAUCCAGGGUGCUUAGCAUGUGAUCUCUACAAAAAAACUCUUAUUUUCUCAUCACCCAGGGGCAAAAAUUAGGCUUGACUCCGGUCACUGGGCAAUGCAAGAGCACAGCCUUGGUAUUAUUUGGAACAACAACCAGUUCUGAAAGGCAGUCUCACUGUAUUUUACACAUCUUUAUGACAAGGUUACUGCUAAAAUGUCAAAUGUUUAAUUUGUAGUCUAUAUUAAUCACUGGUUUUGGUUUGCUCCCUUUCAAUCAGGAAGAAGUUUGCUCUUCCAGAAGACAUUGAAUAUUUCAACAUCCAGUUACAAAUGAACUAUGAUCUCUAUGAUGAAUAUAAAGACGUUGAGAGGAUUAUAGGUAAAUACCUUAGUUUCUUACUCUCCAUGUUUCCAACCAUUUCUUGGUGGUGGCAAUGUAACAUUGACCUAGGGGAGGUUUUGUGUCUAGUGGUUUUAGCGAAAACAAGGAUUUGUGGGGUUUGCUCAGUCUCGCAGGCUCACAAAACCUCUCUUAGGUUGAUCUUAUUUUGCAUUUACCCAAUUUGUUGGGACAUAUUUUAGUAAAGGAAAUAUCCAUCUUUUUGGUUUGACCUCCCGCCCAGCUCUUUAUACCCCUUUGGAAAUUCCAAUUCAGGUUCUUAUAAUAUUUCACUUUUGGCCUUUGGGACCAUCCUCCCUCUCCUCUCUCUCUCAGAAUUUGUGGUGACCCUCCAUCAUUGGAGUAGGUAGGAUACUUUCCAGAACCACACACAAAAGAAAAAUUAACCUGAAUUUCUUCCAAAAACUCAAGAAUAAUUUUCUCUCAUUACCCGGUACAUUGAUACAAGGGGCAUGGAUCUGCACAGAUAGUUUAUAGGCAGUUCAGGAGUGACUGGGCUAAUUGCCUGUAACUAAAGUUGCCUCUUUUUUCAUCUCAUAGCUCAUACCAUGGUCAAGAAUUUGGAUUUGGAAGGAAACACUGUUAGCCAAGUGGAUUACUUGUGCAAGUGGCAGGGCCUACCAUACAGUGAGAGCACUUGGGAAGAUGGAGGACUUAUUUCAAGAUUUUAUCAGCAAAAAAUUGAUGCUUAUCUCAAUCGACAGCGGUCUGAAAAAAUUCCAUCAAGAAGUGCUAAAGUUCAUCGACAACGACCAAAGUUUGUUCCAAUCAAAAAGCAGCCAUCUUUUCUUGGUGGUGCAGAACUCAAGUUAAGAGACUACCAAUUGGAUGGACUGAAUUGGCUUGUUAAUUCCUGGUGCAGAGGACACUCAGUUAUUCUUGCAGAUGAAAUGGGCCUUGGUAAAACAAUUCAAGUUAUUUCCUUUUUGUCUUAUUUAUAUAAUGCACAAUCUCUGUAUGGACCUUUUUUGUUGGUUGUGCCGCUAUCAACAAUGGCUGCGUGGCAGAGGGAGUUUGGAUUGUGGGGUGAGGAAAUGAAUAUAGUGGUUUAUCUUGGAGAUGUAACAAGCAGAAACAAGGUAUGAGGGAUUUUAGUUCUUAAUUUACUUCGUUGGUUGCUUAGAAUAUUAUGUACAGUGUAUGUCGCCAUAGAUAUAUUAUACACAGGGCAUUGUUCACUAACAGAUAUCUGUUAAACAAAUGACAAAUUAAACUAGAAUUCAGUCAGCUUUCUUUACCUUUUAAACAUUAUUGCCAACCAAACAAUUAUUAACUGGACAAGUGUUAAUCUUCAUUAAACCAAGAAAGGGCACACAGUCAAGUGUUUAAAUGGAAGACAGAAACUGUAAACCAAAUGGUAAGGCGUUUACAAAGAAGGCAAAUUUAACGAAAUCCGCACUUGUCUUUUAUGAUGACUAGGAAGAUUAAGAUCUACCCAUCUGAUGUUCUCCUGAGUGCCCCCAAAACAUUAUCACCUUGUGUGAUUAAGAUCUUUCUCAUACACUUCAUUUUUUGUUGGCUUUAUUAUGAUUAAGUUAUUGAUUAAAUUGCUGUCUAUGGCCAAUAGAUACAGGUAGGCAUGCACUUACCUAUUUGCUCUUGGGAAUUCUCUUGGGAAUUCUAAAAACACAUUUUGAAGCUAGUCGAGCCAUUUUACUAGUUAUACAACACAUGUAUGUGUAAUGGUCACUCAUUCUAAAAAUGUUUAUCUUUUCAGAUUCGUGAAUUUGAGUGGUACCGUUCCAACUCCAAGUCUUUGAAAUUCAAUGCCCUUCUGACAACGUAUGAAAUUUUACUAAAAGACAAGGUAAGUACAGAAUAUCAGCUUUUAAUGGUUACUGUAGUGUAUUUGUGACUGUGAGUGUUCACUGACAUGUUCUGAUACAUAGGGCUGAUAAUUAUGUGAUUCCUGGAAAAUAGCCCUAACUGACUUCCGAUUUACUAACUAGUCUGCAAAACAAGAGUCACUUUUUCCACUUGCACUUUUCAUUGGUGCCAAAUUGCAUUGGCCACAUAAUUCUAUAAGAAAUUUCAUGGGUAGUCAUAAUUUAAACCUUGGUAGUCAGGUUUCUCCAGAGUUCAUGGUCAUAUCAAGCCAUUUUCUUUUUUCUUUCAAAGAUGAAUAUUGAUUGUGACUUUUUUAAAAUUUACAGGCAACCUUGGGAACUAUCAACUGGUGCUGUCUCGUGGUUGAUGAAGCUCAUAGGCUGAAAAAUGAUGACUCCCUUCUUUAUAAAGCUCUCAUGGAUUUCAACACAAAUCAUAGAGUUUUAAUAACAGGCACACCUCUGCAGAACUCCCUGAAAGAACUCUGGGCUUUACUGCAUUUUAUCAUGCCUGAAAGGUAUAGAAUUUCAGUUGUGUUUUGUUAUCAAAAUAUCAAAAAAAUAAUUAAAAUAUGCAGUGAUGUAAAUUUUCCUGUAUGACUGAUUUGAUCUGUCUUUAAAAGAACAGACCUUCCAGAUUCUGUAGACACAACUUCAUGUACAAUAGUUUAAAUGUGCCAGCCUAUAGCUACACCUCUGUACUCGUUGCAGAUUCUUGCUAGGACUAUCUAGUUUCUUGAUUUAUUUUUUAAUCAGUUUUUCUUUUUUUUUUCUUAUUCUGCAAUAAUGAUUUUUUUUCUGAGAUGCAAGAAGACUUACUCGUAAAGUUUUGGUUUUAGAAUUUCCCAUUUUUUGGUUCCAUUGAGAAGUAAAUGUUAUAUAGAAUUUAUAUUGUUGUACACACAGGUCAUAAGCUGCAUUUAUUUUUAUUUCAACUUCCUGUUAAAAGCUCGGGCUUAAUGGCUUAAAGGGAGCUACAUGUACAUACACUCCUGCUACCUCAUUAUGACAGUCACAGUUUCUCUUGCAGGAAAACUACAAACAUAAAUGAGCUAAUGGCUGUCCUCUAAGAAAAUUCUAGGAAGCCCAAUACUUUAAACACGUGAAAUCAAUCCCCAACAAAUGAUUUCUAUGGAAAAAAGGAGAUUUCCUAGUUGCCAAGAACAAAAGUAAUUGGGUGCCAGGGGCCUCCUAGUGUUGCUAAAGCACAGCCCUAUGAGCUGUCCAGUGAUAAGUUGUUAUUCUGAUUAUUAAUUAGUUCUUAUUUGUGUAUAGGUUCUACUCUUGGGAUGAGUUUGAUAGGCAGCAUGCUACUCAAGAGCAAAAAGAUAAGGGGUUUUCUACUCUUCAUAAAGAACUUGAGCCUUUUCUUCUUAGAAGAGUUAAGAAAGAUGUUGAGAAGUCUUUACCAGCUAAGGUAAACCAUGUUUUUCUGCAGGGAAAGAUCGUGUUCACUUUCAGUUGCCAAUAAUUAAUGUUGUCAAUAAUUAUGUUGUUUCCUGUUCAAUGAGAAAAUGAAUUCUUUCCUGAGUUAAGGAUCAUCUGCUUUUAUCAAAUGGACAAGAUGGGCUGUUGGUUUUUGCAAUAACAAUAAUUAUUAUUAUUAUUGUAGUUUUUAAGGGAAUAAAAUUACUACGUACAUAACUCAUUAUAUUUUUUAUUUUACACCAGCAUUAAUUAUACAACAUGCAUCUCAAGGGUAUACCAGUAUUUUAUUAUACACAUCUAUAAAAAUACAAGUAAUACAGUAAUAUAGUCUGCUAACUCAUGGUUUUUCAUUACAUGUAGGUGGAACAAAUUCUUAGAGUGGAAAUGUCAUCAAUUCAGAAACAGUACUAUAGGUAAGACAACGUCUCUUCAGAGAGUCCAAGUUAUCAUUAUUUCAGACUAAGCUUCUGUCUGUAGUGCCUGCACUAAGUGCCCAUGCAUCCCCUUUCUCAUCCCAGAUACACUUCCUUCUUCUUUACCACCAAAAACCCGUCAGAUCUUCAUCUUUGUCUCUUAUGUGACAACUUCCCCAAUUAACCCCAGAUCAACCCUUGUACUUCUUACUGGGCUCAGCUGCCAUGGCGCUAUGUUGUGACCCCCGGUAACUGGCAACCUACUUUUACCUCAGGAUGUCAAGGAAAUCCUAGCGUUUGCACAUGACUUGUAUGCCGGGGACCCUUUGUUUCAUAGGUUUGGAGCUUUGGGCUCAGUACAAUUUUUCUAAUAAGAAGGCGGCCUUGAAUAAGUCAAAGUUUGAGUUUAUUCUUAUUUUUGUAGAUGGAUCCUUACAAAAAACUUUGCGGCAUUAAACAAAGGGUUAAAAGGAAACCUUAACAGCUUUUUGAACAUUGUGAUGGAACUGAAGAAAUGCUGUAACCACGCCCAGCUCAUUAGACUCGACAAUUACCAAUUAACUACAGACCCACUACAGGUACACUACUUAUUAAAUCAGCUAGUUGUCACAUGGUGUUUAAAGAGAAUCACAUUAAGUAUGAAAUAAAAAUGACAGUAUACCAAGGUAAUGAUCAUUGCUGGUUUGCAUGAUUAUUAUUGCCUGGUUUAGUGGCCUUAGGUCCCAUGAGUCUCCUGUAGCUCAGUGGUAGAGCAUCUGGACUAGUAACCAGAAGGUUGUAGGUUCGACUCAUGUUGGGAGCAGGGCUGUCAAUAACUGAUAGCCAGCCAAAACUGCUGGCUAGUUAGCCAUCUUUAGCCGGCUACUUUCAUCUCCUUCUACCAUAACUGCUAACAAAAAAUAUAAGUACCAUCGAAUAAUGAUGAUGAAUGACAUUGACCGCAUAUUUAAACAGGUUUAGAUCUGUGAAAUGUUCAAACCGUGCAACGUUAUUAUUUCCAGUCUUGACAGCCCUGGUUGGGAGUACUUGGAUGUUUUCUUCUGAGCCGCCUCUGUCACUAACUGAAUAAACAUCUUUGUCUUUGUAGAUAUUGUUACUAAGUAUGACUGGUCAGUGCAGGUGACCGAAAAACUAUAGCCCAGGCACUCUCAUAUCCUUGGUGUGAUCUUCUUGUUAUCCUUUUCCAACAGACCCUGAUCCGAGGAAGUGGGAAACUGUUCCUGCUUGAUAAACUACUAUGCAGAUUAAAGGAAACUGGUCAUCGGGUUCUAAUCUUCUCACAGAUGGUGCGAAUGCUUGACAUAUUAGCAGAGUAUCUUCAGCUGCGUCGAUUCCUCUUUCAAGUAUGUGUUAUGGGCUUUUUAUAGGCUUUUUGUUUUGUCCCAUGCAGUCACCUCACCACCUUUAAAGAUACAAUCAAUUGAUUUUUAUUUAUAAUCUAGAGGUUGGAUGGAUCUAUAAGAGGAGAUUUGAGGAAGCAAGCUUUGGACCACUUUAAUGCUGAAGGCUCUGAGGUAAAGCUGAGCUAUUAUUCUGUUAUUUCUCAGUUUUGACUGUUGGUGAAAAUGUCUAAUAAUAACAAUGAUGAUGAUAAUAAUAAUAAUAAUAAUAAUAAUAAUAAUGAUGAUGAUGAUGAUGAUGAUAAUAACAACACAUAUCUUCAAAGGAUUUGGUAUUGAGGUGAAGAAAUGAUGGUAUGAGCAUAAACCCGAGGCUGUCACCAAGACUUUGUCUUUGGAAACAUGAGGACUCUUGGGAAAACAAAGCUAACUGUUUCCCUCAGGAUCUGAAAUUAAGUGUAUAAUGUUAACCUUGUAAGCCUGAGAUUCCACAAUAUAAUGAUGAUGAUGAUGAUGAUGAUAUUAAUAAUAAUAAUACAAAGUUAAAAUAUGAGUUACUGAGGUUAGAAAGAGCAACCAAGUUUGCAACAUUACUGAUGAUAAUGGGCCAAAGUAUUGUGCUGAUAUUGGUUUCAUUAUUUUCUAAUUCAAGGACUUCUGUUUCCUGUUGUCUACUCGUGCUGGUGGCCUGGGUAUCAAUCUCGCUACAGCUGAUACUGUGAUCAUUUUUGACUCAGACUGGAAUCCCCAGAAUGACUUGCAAGCUCAGGCACGCGCUCACAGAAUUGGACAAAGAAAUCAGGUUGGUUGGAUAACUCAUCAUGUAACGCAUAACUGCCUUUGUUGCUUAUUAGUGUGACUUAUAUGUAGGAAAUGUAAUUAGUCGUUGAAGCUCACUUGUAUGUUUUCUAUAUCAUGGCCUGUUAGAUUGUUAGUGAUUUCAUGAACUGAAGCACUAUCAUAAACUGAGUAGCCCAUCUUCUUAAAAAACACCACCAUGAGUUAAUUGACUGCAGAAAUCAGUAACAUAAUUUAGUAUUCACACAUAUUAUGAAAAGUACUUCUAUCACUUUUCUCUCACAUUAUGGUUUUCAAGCUGAUCUGAUCAAGUGAAAUUAUUAUUACAAUAAUUGUAAUAUAAAUUGUAAUAUUAAUUUAACUUGAUCAGAUAUUGAUAUUAUUACAAUAAAACAGUAAAACAAGUUAUUAAUUCGGCAAUGAUGUAUUUAACUAAUUAAUUUAUUAAUCCUGCUCGUCAGAAUUUUUUCUGGCUAGCUACUGCUUGCUUAAAGGGCAAGCUUUAAAACUGACUUUCUUUGCACCCUGUGGUGUAUUGACUGGUUGGUGAGAAAUGAGGACAGAGCUGUUUCUGAAGAAUCCCAAUGCAUAAGAACAGUACCUUGAUGUAAAAUUAUGAAAUUCUCCAUUACUGUAAUCAAUGAAGGAGGUUUCUGGUUAUUUUUUGUAGGUCAAUAUUUAUAGAUUUGUCUCUAAAGGAAGCAUUGAAGAGGACAUUCUAGAACGUGCAAAGCGCAAGAUGGUUCUGGAUCAUCUCAUCAUCCAGAGAAUGGAUACAACUGGUCGUAAGGUGCUGUCCAAGGCCUCCUCAUCUUCAUCGUAAGUAUAAUUAUAAUAAUAGGAACUUAUUUUAUUGUUUUGUAGUAUUGUUUAUUUUAGUCAUAUACAGACAACUCAUUUUUCAAUUAUAGACACCUCUAGAAGGUUGAGCCCCUUAAGGCCCAUUGCUCUAUUUUCAAUUUUUUGCUGAUUUUCCACAUAUCACUUUUAUUUGUCCCACUAAUCCUCUCAACUGGGUGUCUCAAUAACAAACUAUAACAUUGUAUUUCACAGGAGUAAUCCUUUCAACAAAGAUGAACUUGCAGCUAUCUUGAAAUUUGGAGCAGAAGAGCUGUUUAAAGAAGGAGAUGGAGAAGACACUCAGCUGCAGGUGUGCAUUAUUUAACUUUCUACGGAAAUGAUUUCAGUUUAGGUGUGACAAUUUUUUUAACAGUGGAACAUGGAUGUCACAGAAGGGCCAAGGCACCGAUUGGUUAUUAGCUGGGAUUGGUGAAGAGGAGGAAGGCAAAAAAUGGAACAAUAUAAAUCAGAUUUCUCUGGAAUCUCUCUUCGGGAACCUUCUGAGAAAAAAUUACCAGCCCUUUGCAAGUCAACAAUUUGCAUGAAUCAGAUCGGAAGUGCACAACUGCAACACUAGGAAUAGGGACCGCCUACAUAUACCACUCUGUAGGACUGCUGCAGGUCAGCGCGCAUUUACCUUCAGAGACCAAAGGCUGUGGAAUAGUCUCCCAGACGAGUUUCAGUUUAUCACUAAUUUAGAUGUAUUUAAGGUUAAAAUAAAACAGCAUUUUUUAAGGGUAUUUUUGGAAAACUAAGUUUUAGAUAUUUGACAUUGUAAAUUAAGCUGAAAAGCCUUUUUGAGGAGAUUAAUAAAGUUAUUAUUAUUAUUAUUAUUAUAAUCUGCUUUCAUUUUCUGUUCAGGUAAAAUGUUAGUCUCAGUUUCAAAUGAAUUAUCUGUAGAUUGAUGGCUGGAAGAGAACAUAAUAAGUGGAAGACAAAAUUUGGUGUGCAACUCAUCAAAACACUGCAUUUACAUCUUGUCACAUAUUAUCCAUCAUAGACAAGUGAUCAUCAGUUUUAGAUGGAUGAUUCCAUCUCUGUCAUAAAUUUAGGCCAUAAUUCUAGUGUUGUUACUUAUAGUUUACAUUGUCUAAUUUCCAGGAAAUGGAUAUCGAUGACAUUUUGCGAGCUGCUGAAACCAGAGAUUCUGACGAUCAUCCACACACCAUUGGUGAAGAACUUUUAUCUCAGUUCAAGGUAAAUUAAAGUUACGCCAUAAAAAUUUUUAUUAAACAUUUUACUCACUAUCUGUCUUCUCAUUGGCUAAGAGCCUACACUUGUCUAAAGUUAUAUUUUUGAAAAUGGCACAACCAAUCUGUAGGCGCAGUGCAUGAUUUCCAAGAGCAAUGUCAAACGGUGUUUCCUAGGACGGUGUGUUUGUUGUUAUUCAAAACAACAGGUGUGGAAUAAAACCAUUAUUAGAUUUGGGUUUUGUGAUCUAUGGAAUAAUCAGCCUUGAGCUCUGACUUUGGUUGAUAACUCUUACCUCGACCUUGAUUAUUCUGGAUAUCACAAAAACCUCAACCAAUAAUAAUUGUGUAUUAAAUAGAACUGAGAUUGUUGAUACACAACUUCUGUAGCUGUAGUUUUACAGCCUGGAAAGAAAAAAAGUUUUGUUUUGGAGAGAUUACUGCUGUUUUGAAGAAAAAAGAAUGAGAAUUCAUUUUGUUGUACAGGUUGCUAGUAUUGCCUUGGACGCAGAUGAGGAUGAAGUACCUGUCGUGAAUCAAGAGAACAAACCUUUGAAUGAAGAGAAAGCUUGGUCAGACAUAAUUCCUGAAUCAGAGAGGAGAAAACUUGAGGAAGAAGAAGAACAGAAAAAACAACUGGAAUUGUAUUUGCCAAAACGAAACAGAAAAACUGUUAAAAAGGUAUUACCUAUAUCUGCUGUGAUGUAAUUUGAGCGUGGAAAGUUAAGGAUAAACUUUCAACAUCACUGAAUGUCCAGGAAAAGAACUAAUAUGGGUGAAAGAUAAAUUAUUUAGUGUUAAUCCAUCCAGGGGAUAUUGUUUUUCCAGCGUAGAUCAAGAGGGGCUGUUCUUCCAACUUUUCAUGUGUAGUACUGAUUAGGAGAAUUUGUUGAAUGAACAAGGCCUUUUUUUACUCUCCACAACCUUUAAGUUUGGAUAAAUGGCUUUGUUUUACAGAGAAAAUAUUUAUACAUGCCAACCACCCUUAUCAUAGAGAACUGAUUUAAGGGUUGCCCUUGUAGCUAAAAACAUAAUGAGAAAGAAAUAAACUAGAGUUACCUUUUGAAAAGAUUCUUUUCCUGCUUUGGGAAAAGUUUUGUUUACAAUAUUAUUAUAAGCAAAGAUUUUUAUAACUCAGAGCAAAGAUAGUUUAAACCAAAAUAUUUCGACAUUAUCAACAGUGGUAAUCCUCUUGAUCAAAAUGUUGAAGUAUCGUUGAGAUACUAUGGAAAUAUUUGGCUUAACUAUCUUUGCUCUGAAUACAAAAAUUUUCUUUAUAAAGCAUGAGUUAUAGUAUUCUAAUUCCUGUGAACUAGAGUGAAUGACGUGGAAAUUUGAGCCUGUGUAUGUGCAUGCUAUUAUUGUACCAUACUUUGUUCAACAUGCAGUUUGAGUAAAUGAUUGCAGUUUAUCUUUUUUAAUGUGGCUGAGAAUGAGGAAGAAAUUUGCCAAAGGAAGGUAAUUUACAAGAGAACACUUGGUCUCCUGGUAGCUUCAUGAAGUUAAACGCGACCCUCAGAAAACUAAGUCAGCCCAGUCCACACAAAAGGCUCCCUUAACAACUAAGGAUCUAAAGAGUAAGAUAGCAUAAGAAAUAUUAUUGACAUUUUAUCAACAGAUGAACUAUGGCAAACCCGCUAAUAGUGACAGUGAACAGGAAGGAAGGUCUAAGAAAGCAAGAGGUCGGAAGAAGAAAUCAGAAUCCGAAAGUGAUGACGAUUCUGGUGGUGAAGGGAAAGAAACAAAGAGGAAGCGAGGGAGGCCACGGACUAUCAAGAGGGAAGAUGUUGAAGGCUUCAAUGAUGCUGAAAUAAGAAGGUUUGAACUAAAUGGUUUUGGUUUAUUGCUUUUUUUAGGGUGGGGGGGGGGGGGGGGGGGGCAUUCAAUAACCUAUGACCUACAACUGUAAGUGCGUUCAAAAUAUACAAGUAAACAACUUUUGUUAGUAGUGAGGAUGUGAACAACAAGUAGGGACUGGGUCCAUUUAACUGCCUCUACAACAUCCCUCCCCCCGCCCUCUCCCAAAAAUAAAAAAAAAUGAACUAUAAGGGAGAAGAAAGCGAAGGCUUUUGACAAAAUUUCCUUUCCUUUAGGAUAAAACGUACAGGAAGAGAGUGUCCUGUCGUGCCUUUAGCUCACAACAUGCUACAUGCUGCUAAACGUCUAAUUUUUCCCCUCUAGUGCUCUAGUGCUCUAUUAGAUUUCUUUUGUUUCGAUAGAAAAAUAUUCACUUUUCUUUGAUUCCAUCCUCUAGAUUUGUAAAAAGCUACAAGAAGUUUGGAAGGCCCAGAACAAGGUAAUUUUAAAACAGCCUACUGGAUUUUUGUUUAUUCAUUUGUUAGUUUUCACUUGUAUAUAAAUCACUUGCUCUAGGUGAGACAUCAGUUUAAAUCCUUCUUAAACCUUUUACUCUCGUGAGUGUGAAAAAUCAAAUAGUACCUUGUAAAAUAAGGGAGAAGAGGUUCACUUUGCAUGGUCACACCAUAAGAUUUUGGCCAUGGGCUCAAAAGUUAGAUCCCGUUGUAUAAUGAAUCGAAACAUGUGAUAGUACUGUUGAAUAAGUUUUUUGUUGUUGUUUUUUGAAUGGUCAAAUCAUGGGAAAUCCUCCACGGGUUCAGACGUUAGAGCCUUGUGCGUAAUGAGUAGUACCCUGUUAGUCUUUGUAUAUAGUAUCACGUGAAAGAACAGGUGAAGAGGUUUCAUAUGCAUGGACAUGCAACCAUGAAAUUUCAUUUGCAGAUUAAAAACUAGAAGCUGUUUACGCAGCACACAUAAUGAGUACCACCAUUUGAAAGUUGAGGCGAGUCAUCAAGUUUCUUUUGAAUACUUACACUUCAAUAAUCCGCACACUCAAAUGUUUGAACUACGUGACACAUCUCCAUAGUUUGAUUGAGGGAUUUUCCCAUAAUUUGUGUCCCUACUUAGACUUGAAUCAAUUGCUACUGAUGCUGAAUUAGACGAUAAAUCGAGUGAGGAUCUUACGAGACUGGCAGAUAUUCUUCACAACAGCUGUAUCAAAGCUGUGGCAGAAUACGAGGAUAAACUGAAGGAAGAUCCCAACUUUGAUGGUAAGUUCUACUACAACUGUGGUCUAACUUUCUAUCAUUACGUGCAGUUUGCUUGCACUCAAGUCAACUCAGUUCCUCGCUUAUCGCUCCUUAAUUUUUCAUUCAACAACUAGCCACGCAAGUUAUCUCUUAAGUUUUCUGUUUGGAGGUGGUGCGCACUUCAUUUCUAUCUUCUUUUUUUAUUGUUGUUGUUUAUUUAUCUGUUUGUUUGUUUCAUUCCACUUCAUAAACAGAGGAGGGGAAGUGUGGUUUUGUCAUAGCAGCAGGCUUUGUUACCAUUUAUGUAUGGGGAGCGGGUUUUAGAGCCUAGACACACCACUGCCCUCGGCUAGCUUGAAUCGUUAAAGCUCCAUGGUUGUUUCCUCGAAAAUGACCAAUCUAUCUCCUGUAACAAGAUUGGAUUGGUAGCGUUUUCAAAAAGUAUCAAAGCACAUCUAGAGAACGAAAUUUUCUGCCGAAGUGGGAAAUAUAAUGAUUUACCUUGGGUCCAAUUUGCUUUGACGGACGGAAAGAUGUUCUACAAUUACAGUACAUUCUGGAAGGAAAUGAACAUGCAGCGAAGAAUAGUUCGUUCUACAAGGGUUCCAAAGGGCGAUAAGCACAGUUUAUCAAUACCCUACCAAUAAGUUCCUUUAAUACAUGUAUUUUGAUAGUCAAUUGCCUUUUACCACAGAGCAAGCAAAAGUUUAGGAAGGCAACCAAAACUUGAAUUACCGUUGCCUAAUGGGACAAUUAACAGUCAAAAUUAAUUUCGAACCCUGUUUUGAUUCAGGUAAAAAACGUGGUGCUACUGUGCGACUCAGCAAUGUAACUGUUAACGCACCAUCAGUGUUAAAACAUGAGGAAGAACUGGAAUCACUAGUAGCUAUCAUGCCCGCAGACUUUGACGAGAGAAGAAAGUGAGUGCAAGCUUGGAUAAUAGAUAUUUAUUUUAUUUAACGGCUAUUACACGAACGCACAAACUACAAGCAAGGAAAACUGUUGAGGGAUAUCUCUACCAGAAGAGGACUUAAUUGCCGCUUCUCUCAUACUGUUCCGUAGGAAAACGUCUGAGUUAUUUUUCACAGAUUUGACAUUCAUGGGGACGACUUGUUGUCAUAGAUUAUGUCAUAUUGCGUACACAGAGUUGGAGGGAAACAGUUAACGUAGAGAGCUUUAGAACCACGUUUACGGCAAACGUGAAAUUGUGCCACGUGACCAAGUUUUCUGUUUACUUGUCGUUUGCUAUUUAUUAUUUCUAAAACGGAAUAAGGUGUUUCUUGUUACGUUCAUCUAUCAGAUUUAUUUUGGACAAGCUUUUAUCUGUUCAUUUUCCAAUUUGAAAAAUUCUCAACUUGCAUUUUACGUUUGCAUUUUUCCGUAAACGUGACUUUGAACCUCUCUUAUGUUACUUACCCCGUGCCCUCGAAGUAGCCAAUUUGAGUGCGCCGGGAAAAGAGUUAACUGUGCAAUAGAGUUAUUUAUUCCUUUUUCUAACAUCGUGUUCCUUUCAGAUUCCGCCUGAUGGCACCUGCUAAGAGUGUCCAUUGGGGUGUAACAUGGGACGUGCCAGAUGAUUCCAUGUUACUUGUAGGCAUCUUCGAGUAUGGACUGGGCAGCUGGGAAGCUAUUAAAGCUGAUGAGAGUUUGUCACUUACUUCUAAGGUAACAGAAUAAAAAGUAUACUUAGAUUAGUUUGGAAUAGGAGAAGACUGAGUUCGAAUAGUGGCGUUGUAAAGGGGCGGGGCCUGUAUCAUUAUGAUAUAGGUUUCUCGGAGUCGACUUGUUCUCCAGUCGACAUGAAAACGGUCGUUGCAUACUUGCAUUAGUUCCAGAUUUCUACGUUAUUUGGCUUACGUUUUGUGUGCUAGAAAGUGUAGGGUAAGGGUCUUACAAUUAACCAAAAAGCAGACUUAAGAAGCGAAAGAUUUACUGCGGGAUGAGCGCUUUUCGGAGGUUUCUUAACAGUUCCGAGAAGAACACAACAUCUAAAUCGAGAGACCGUUCGGUUUGAAGGCAACACAUCACAGAACAGAACACAAACUCAGAAACGUGAUAUAGAUAUCCAUGGCAAUUUAUCUCAGGAAGGGGCAGACACAUUGGCGGUUUUAUACUUCCCGAAGUAAAGGCGUUUUUCCGCGAGAAUAAGGUGCGAUGUAUUGAGACUGUUCUUUUUUUUUAGAUCCUUCCUCCUGGAAACUUGAAACCGCAAGACAAACAUCUUCAGACCAGGGUAGAAUAUCUUAUCAAACUGUUGAAACAAGCUGCUUUAGAAGACAAGGCUGAACAACUAAGAAAGGUAAUAUAUCUUUCUGUUGGCUAUGGCCUCGCUUCACUAUACAGCGAGCACUCUUUUUUCGCUUCAAAAACACAUGAUGCCAGCAGCGAUGUCGCGAGGCGUGAGAAACGACGGUGUGACAACUUUACAUGAAUCCCACUUACUCUGAAGAAAAAUUAAUCGGUCUUUAAAGAAAGGACGUAAUUUUGUUAAUAGGGAGGAGACAAAGAUGCGUCACGUAACCAUGGUAUCAAAAUUUCCGUGGAUCUCAACAAACUAUGACAGAAAAAAAAAGACGAAAAAAUUGACACGUAUGAAUUUCCUGUGCAUUGCACUCAGGGACAAAACGAUAGCCCAUACUUUUCUUCCAUCGUUGGACAGUGCAAAUGGACGUCUCUGUCAAGAAAAAUUCUUGAGGUCCAGAAUUUUUGCAACCAUGGUAACAUGACGUCACACUUCUCCUCUCUAUAGUGACCUGGCCAAAUUGUUCAAUUGACGAAUACACUGGAUGACCAACUGUGCCAAUAGCCUGCGAGCAGGCUCACCAGUGCGAAUUCGGGAGAAAUUUUGGCGGCGGAGCAGCCAUACGUUAAUGGCAAAACCAUCCCAACCGAUUAUUUUUUUUUUCCUCAGUCAUCACAAAUGAUCAAAUCAAAAAUACGCCAACUGAAAAGAAAAGAAACGAAAAAAGGAAAGUCACACUCCGAUGUGGAAUCACUUAAUAACAGUGCCGCUCCCUCUCCAAUGGGGGUGGUGUCCCCCCCUGACCAUUCAGCAGAAACUAAAGACGAUGGAGUCACUGCUGAUGUAAAUCAGGAGGGGCAAGUGCCACCAGAAGGGAAAAAGAAAAGAAAAAUGACCAAGAAGAAAGAAAACGGCAAAGUUGAAGGAGAAAAGGUCAGUUUUCUUUAUUUAUUUUAUUACUUGUAUCUUAAGUCUGUUCUUGCCAAAGAUUAUAUAUAAUUAAAAAUAGAGCAGAAACAAAAAAAUAAUAUGCCUGCUAAUGGAGGAAAGCUAGCUUGUUUUCUUUCCCUACACAACCUUGUGAACCUGAUACUGCAUAGCUGUUAAACACACGCAUAAUUUCCGAUCUCACUUGCUGUUAUUUUAGAUUCAAGUGAGUUAAUUUAUUCAGAAAUCUUUAACCUUUAUCUGCACUAAUCCAUCCUCCUUGAGGGUAUCCCCUCGAUAAUUUUUUAUCUUGAAUCCACGCAGAAAUGGUUAAAACUGAUUAGAAAGGAGCUUUCUGCGCUGCGAUUAUUCCCUUUGAUUAGAUUCUUUGAAUAAAAGUCAUGGCGAUGUUACAAGAGAUGAACAAAGACGAUUUUUGUUGCGGCUCUUUUGGAACAAUGUUGUAACAGUUCGAAACAAUGUUGCAACAAUAUUUAAGGCUGUGUUGCGCUGAAAAUCGUCGUUGCCAAUCGCCCUGUGUAGGUUUCCCUUUAAUGUUAGUGUGCACCUCUUUUUUCCAACGCAACACCGGAUUAUUUUGUUGCAUCGGAUAAUGAAGCGAUUGGCCUAUCAGUCUUCGUUAAGGGUAGUGACUCGUCGGACUUCAAAGGACUUUGCUCGGACACUAAGCUUGUGACGGAGUACCAAAAAAAGUACCAAACAUUCUUUAAUUCUGAAAUUCAGAAAGAGCCCACUGCCCUUUGUUUUUGACACGAGCUGCACAUGAUAUUCAGCAACUUCUCGAUAAUUUAUUUAACAGGCGCAUUUGGCAAACAAACGCGCCAGUGUAGCUUUGGUUUAGUCAAUGUGUGUUUUAGCUUCUAAACGCUGCUUUCUGUUUGUUCGCUUGUUCUGUCCAAGAGAAAUUUCUAAAACUUGAUACGCAUUGGAUCAAAAAGAAAAUCUGCUUUGUCUUCUUUUUCAGCCAAAACGUCAAAAGAAGGAGAAGAAGGAAGUACCUAAAGACAAGAAGCAGGAUGUAAAAGAAGUUGCUGUAGAUCAUGAAGAACCAGCGUCACCUUUGAAAACAGCAGAGGAGGCUGGUAAACCCCAAGGUUCGUAUGCGCUGGCAGAUAUGGACAAAGCAACAUUUGAUGAGGUACGACCCGAGGCUUUUUUUUCUCGUUUUAUGUUUUCAUAUGGUCAGGUGGUAGCCGCACACAUGAUGUACAAACGCGAUUGAUUAGCAGCGAGGGGUUUUCGGAGGGGGGACUUUCAACUCUGUAUAUCUCACGGAGUUACUAAGAGUGGGCACAUUUUCCCAUGUACACAUGUCAAAAAAAAUGGCAGCUAAAAUUUAUGACAAAAUUUGUCGGUAGACGGGGGCUAUACUCCCGAAAUGUAGGGAAAAAGGGAUAGGGAAAUAGAUAUUGUCCGGUCAACUUUAGUUCUUUAUGACAGUAACAAUCUUUCCUCAAAAUAUUUGUAUAAAUUUUAGUCAAGUUAAGUGUACUACUAUCUAUGUUCUGAAGCUCCAUAGGAUUUUAAGGAUUUUGGUGCUAAAAAAUCAAAUCAUUUAUUAUUUUUUCACGUUGUAGUGCAAGGAGAAGAUGCGUCCAGUGAAACGAGCGCUAAAAAUGCUGGAGAGUCCAGAAGGAAACACAAAAGAAGAAGAUCAAGUACAACAAACGAGACAGGUACAUGAUUCAGAUGACGUUACUAAAAUUCAAACUACAAAACUAUCGAUCCUUCAGAGAUUUUACUUUCUUGAUGUAUCAGAGCAGCUGAAAACUAAUACUCACACAAAUUUGUGCUUCGAAAGGGUUCUUGGUUUUGUGAUAGAGUGCGCUCGAAUUUCUAAGCUUUUGCGUGACGCGGCAUUUACAUGACGACGGAGAGAGCCGUCAUGUAGGUUAAAAAAUUGACUUGUGUAGGCCAAUUUUGCUAUCUGAACAGUUUAUGUAUUAGAAAAAGUGUAACUUUAAUGUUUAUGAGUUUCUGGAGGGAUGAAUUCUCGCUUUUGUAGCAAAACUCGGUGACAGAUGUUUCUGUUGGUUUCCGUACGCCAUGUUGGUGCCCAUCCGAAUGGACACCAUCAUGCAGUCUUCAUGCAAAUCUCUAUAAAUUUGGGUAAAACGUUCCUCCGGAUAUCUAGUAUAUGAAAUAUUGCUCUGACCUGAAUUGCAUAUUUACCUCCUUUCAUUUUCCAGAUUCUGGAUUUAAUUUGUUGAACGGUUUUGAUUUUUAUUUCCAUCUAUUUUGAGUGACGUGAGACUGAAAACAAGCAAUAGGGUUGUACCUUUAUUCUCCUGCGGGGGAGUGUAUCCGAAAUUAAGAACCUCUUAUCUCCCCUCCUCCGCUCCCCUUUUCGCUUCUAUAACACCGAACAUAUGCGUUACUGACCACACGCCUGAUAUAGGCCAAUAUCUUUUUUUGAGUUUUUGUAGAGAGAGAGAGAAGGCCGAUGUGUACACAAACGCAAAAAAACUAGGCCAAUAUCCGGUCACCUCGACUGAAUAUUGAGCUUAGCCGAUAGAGUACUCAUUUGCAACUUUAGAAACGAGAUUAGUCAAUAGCUGACCGGUGCGUCCCCACUAACGAUCCCAUGGCCAGAAAUAAUUUGCGGAACGCAUUUUGGCUUCAGUUAUCUUCACGUUUCUAAAGUGUCGAAUUAUUAGGUCAAAGGAAAAGUCGCGGGAAGAACGUGGGAAACAAAUUGAUAGGCGAUCAUGCCCGCUCAAGAAGCCAAUCAGAGCAUAGGUUCGCUUCAUCUUUCCCGCCCGCGAAACCAAAAAAAAAAAAAAAAAAAAUAGCGAAAACAAGACCACUUAUUCACUCUUCCAGCUUAUAGCGUUUGCCGUUUGUGAUUUCAGUGUUUACUAAAGAUUGGAGAUCAUAUCAUGGACGCUACAUCUCAUCACAAAGACGACGACACCAAAGCCCUUUGGAGAAAGUAAGAAUGUUCUUUAAUUCUGGAUGGUUUCGGUGUGAUUGAAAAGAUGUGUUUUUAUUUGCGAAAAUCGGGCCAGAAAUAAUCACUUCUGAUUGUUGAAAUAUUGCCAAAGCUGAGAUCCUAAUGAGUACACUGCCGUCUGUUGCCGUAGGUUUCACCCGACGGUGCUUAGAGCUUGUAUUCCUGUUACUGUUAAUUUCUUUUUAAUGAGUUUUUAUUCUUUUAUAUGCAGUAAUCUUUGGACGUUCGUGUCAAAGUUCACUUCAUUCGAAGCUAAAAAGCUCUUCAAGCUGUACAAGCACGCUGCUAAGAAGAGAGAAGAGACAAAAGCCCAGGAGGUACUGUUUAUCUCCUAACUUUCUGGAGUUUGUUUUACGUGUUGGAUGAGGGUCAGCUUGCUGCUUUGAUUGUUUCAUUUGUUUUUUAAUCUCUGUAAGAGUCAUGGAAAGCCCUUUUCCCGACGGUUUUGUGAUGGAAUCCCAUGGCGAAUUUAGUUUAUAAUCAAGGGAAAGCAGCUGUACUCUCUAUUUUAACAUUUGCACACUUGCCAAUGUGUAUAGCCUUUCCGCAGACGUCCUUUGGGGUUCGUCCGUCACGUAUUCAUUUCUCCCCCACGGAGCUGAGAGGGGGAGAAAUGAAUGCGUGACGAACGAACCCCAAAGGACGUCUGCGGGGAGGCUAGCCAAUGUUUGGACAGCAUAUAGCUCCUGGAAACAUUUGCCAUAAUAAAUUUUUUGUAAUCAUGUGGCUUAGAACUUUUGACAAUAGGCCAUUUCCCAGUCGCCUCAAUUCUCUUUUUCAAAGGGAUGCUACAUGCAAAUCCUUUGAUAUGAAUUUUUUUCUUUAUUCUCAUACAAAUAAAUCUCAUUUUUACAAGAAAGAUUUUGCACUUAGCCUCGUUUUGAAAGUCAGAUUUUGGCCCAUCAUUAAUCUCGCAAACAUGACCAUAUUUUAAUUGCCUCUCGUUGACAACACAACACAAAGCGACAUUUAAACACAGGAAAUACACGAACAGCACCGAACUCUCCAAAUACAUCUGGAAACUACGUGACAAUAAUCAAGACUUCAACAUCAAAUGGACUAUAAUCAGCCGUGCAAGACCCUACAACAACAUUUCUAAACGAUGCGACCUAUGCUUAACAGAGAAACUAAUGAUCAUUACUGCAAACCCCGACAGAAUCCUAAAUAAAAGAUCAGAACUGAUUUCCAAGUGCCGCCACGAAAACAAGUUUUACCUUAGGAACAAUUGACUCAAAAACAACACUCUAUUAGUUUUUCCUCACACCUAAUUGUAAUUAGAACCGCACUGCCCUGCUUUUUGUAAUCAAUAGACGCGUGUAUUUAUAUAACUUGAUAGGUUUAUUCUCCAUUAAAUACUGUCUGAUGAGUGCGUGAGCACGAAACUCGGAGUAACAGAGAAUUUUGUCUCUUCGUUAUAUCUUCUUAUUCUGACAAAAGAUUUUAUAAUAUUUUCACAGCGUGCCCAACACAAACCCGCCACUCAGAUGCAGCGGCCUCCUCAAGAUUCUAAAAAACAUCCAGGUGAUCAUGGGCAUCAACGAUCCGGUGACCUCAAGAGACCUACGGACGGAGGGGGACCUGGUGGUAAGAUACCCCGGAUGGACCGUACGUACAGUGGUUCGAGCUCUCACAGCGGCGGACGGCCAUCUGGGAGCGGAGACAGCUAUGAUCCCAGGCGCUCUUCAUCGUUCGGUCACUCGGACAGGACUGGUACAUCCUCCAAGGAGAGGUCACGUGAUGGGUACGUUUUUAUCCUCCAGGCCCGGGUUGUUCAUACGUUGGAUAGCGCUAUCCAUCGGAUAAUUACUAUCUAGCGGAUAAGUGUUAAGGAAACCAAUUGCACUAUCCACUGGAUAGCGAUUUAUCCGCUGGAUAGCGCUAUCUACCUUUUGAACAAUUGUGGCCAGGUAGUGUACACCGUUUAGUUCUGUUAACAGCAAAAAGAAAGGAAAGUGGGUUAGGCUUUGCAUGAGCAAGUUUGCGAGUUCAGACCCAGAGGUUCAAACUGUUUGCUCUUGCCUGUUACGCUAGUGAAUUGUUUUGUGUGGCUGGUAUUGCCUAUUAUCCAGUAUAUGGCCGUGAUGUCCACGCGCCUUUCCUUAGUUCAGUGGAUAGAGCACCAAUCCGGUGUCUUUUUGAUAGGGUCGUAACUUCAAAUCCUGUCGGCGACUCACGGCAAAUAGGGACCUUAAGAAAGGACGACCACGACGGCAGUGAAAACGUUGGUAAAAAAAAUGAAUUUGAGUUCUUUCUUUCGCGUAUAUUUGAGCCCGCUCAAUAUGUCAAAUGCAGGCGACUUUUCCUGGAGUUGAAUUCUUAAGGAUUUUAUUCGGGUUCAAAAACAGGAAGGAAAAUUCGUCGUCGUAUGUUCACGUCCUCCAUAAAACGGCAAAUUAGGAGGUUUCACGUCGUAGUCGUGCAGUUGACGUCAAAGAAAUGUACUAAAAAGCGUGAUGCACGUGCAGAGCUGUUGUUUUGAUCAUUAAUUUGAAGUCGUUGUUGUGGUCGUCGUCGUAGUUGCUUAAGCUCCCUAAUGACGAUCAUCACGUCUUUGUGACUCACAUGUAUGCUUUAACUUUCACACAAGAUCCUAGCCUGUUAGAAACCCGAGUAAAAAAAAGGUAGCAGCCUUUACUUAAACAGUAAUUCACCUUCUGUUUGGUAACUUUUAGCACAACUUCUUUUUUCAGAUCCGAUUACAGUCACAGAUACCACGACUCGUACCGCGACCGGCCUUCUUUUCACAACUCGGACUUUUCUCGAACUCACGAGAGAUCAUCGGAUCACGGUCGGUCACACGACCAACAUUCGCGAGGCUACGAGAGGAGUUCCGACCAUUCGCGUUCCUACGAGAAGAGAGAUCGGAGAGACGACUAUCACCGAGGUAGCUCGCGGGAUUAUUUAUCUGAAGGUCGGUACCACCACUCGCACCGCGAACGGAAUAGCGAUUCCACUUUGCGUCAUGGAAAUUCAGUUACCUCUCCGAAGUCUGGUUCUACCCAUGAAAGUAAAAGAUAUGAAGAAAAACGAAGCGUAGAGGGUGAGCGGGAUAAAAGAUGACAGCGUGUGACAUAUAUUACUUUUUUAGUGGAGGUUUGUUUUAAGCAUGCGCAUGUCUUGGUGUCUAAACUAGAAUAAAAUGUCACGGCGUAUCUUUCCGAGAUACAUAGAUACUAUAAUUUAUUUUAUUAUCAUUUUUCACAUAUUUGAGUGCCUAAUCUUUUUUAUUUUCUUGUCGUAUUUAAUUAGUUUCUUCCACCGCGGGGUUUAUGACAAUGACAAUGAAUAGUGGGUAGAACCAAGUUAGCUUUAUUGUAAAAAAAAACCGCUUAGAGCGGUUUUCACUUGACUGUCGUAAAACCAAAACCAAAGUAAAUACAUUAGCCAACCAAAGGGCGUAGUAAAACCAAAACCAAAACCAAAACCAAUCCCUUUCGACAGUCAAGUGAAAACCGCUCUAAUCUUCAAUGAGAUUCAGUUCAAUGAAACCUUAUUUUUAGGAAAAAAGGCAUUCCAUACAAAGCAGUUAAUGAAAUGUAUUGCCUGUACACAGUGAAGAUAUUUUGGAGUAUUUGGUUUAUUUAUUACGUAAAUUAAAUUAAUAUUGUCCGGAAAUUGUUAGAUAUUCUGUAGAUAUAUGCAUGUUAAGGACAGUUCUGAAUCCUCACUUUUUUCCCUCUGAAUGUGAGAUCAAUUCAUUUUUCCCAAUUGCACUGCAGCAACGGAAGCAGAACUGACAGUAGACAAGGGUUCGUACUACUCCAGGAAUUUCUGGACAACUUCAGAAGUUCUUGAUUUUUCUUUCCAGAGUGCUAAAAACCCCUUGAAAGGAAACUCCUUAAAUUUCAUAAUGUUACUUUACGAAUGUGGCAAAAAAUGCGGUGGAAAAAGGAUGGUAAACUUUUUCUUUAGUAAAGUAUUUUACGUAGAAAAAGCGUCAUGGAAUUUUCAUAAUUGUACUCUAGAAAGCUCUUAGAAUACGCUAUUUGAAUUGGAUUCUCUCUUAGUACUACGAUCCCUGGUUGGAAUGCUAGCACUCUCUGUUCAGCUAAUGAAACGUGAAAGCUGACAAGGCAAGAGUUCGUUCGCUCGCUCGCUCGUAAUUAGCCCGCAUUUUGAGGUUGCCAAUGAGACUGGCUCGGUGUUGUAUCGAAUCGUACGUAGGGAAUACUUUUGGGGGACGAUAUUAGAGCCAGUUUCCCGCGCAAUGUCGUAGUAACUAAUGGGAUCGGGUCCCCUAAACAAUCCCAUAAUGCAGUUCGAGACGACACCGACCUCAAAAUGGCCACAAUCUUGAGGGACUGCGUACGGUGUAAAUUUACGUAGUCAGUCGAUCGUUUAUUGUCGGUGUGCUACCAGAAGUAACGCAUGCAGUUGUUAAACACGCUAGAGAAGUAGAAAUAUAAUAGAUAAAUUUGGUGCAGGAAUUUGUUAUGAACGUUUUGUACCCAAAGUAGACUGUAUUUUUAUCGUAUUUUGCAUCCCUGUGUAAAAAGGUUUUCUGAACUAACUUAGUUGUACAGUUUGAAAGAUAGUUUUUGCGAAAGAAAAUAAAAUGUGGUUUUCUAUUAUAUG